CAUGAUGCGUAGGCCGAUAUGGCUUAUUCGUGACAUUUGACAGACAGCCUGUGUCAGCUUUUUGUUGUGGCGCUUUCCACUUUAAAAUUGACUCUACAAUGAAUCAGACGAAUAGGCUACCUCUCUUUAACCUCUGUCCGGUCCACGCACCUUCUAUCCUGAACGUAGGACAGUGUCCACUGUCUGUUUAAUGUGCCCUGUGGUUCCAAGUUGUCAAUCAUUACUUACUAAACACACACAAACACAUCGGCAUUUGAUCUACCAGGGCCAGCUUUAGCCAGCUCUCUGAAGUAGAGUAACACAGAGAUAGAUUUCGUAUAAGCCUGGGUGCUCAGCAAAGCUCUGUCAUCUACAAGUGCCUCCAGACGGGUCUAUGGCUCGGUUGCUUUCCUUGUCUCGGUGCUUAAGGGUGCGCCAGCCCUUGUGGCUGGCCGUCAGGAGCAUGUCACUGGACCAGCGGGCACGGGAGGUCUUUGCUGCUGCAGUGGAGGCUGUGCAGCCGGACCAGGUGGUGAGACGAUGCCUGGAGCGUCAUGGUGAACAACUUCAAGUGGGCGGUCAAAGUUUCAAGCUCUCUCACAACAUCCAUCUUGUGGGUUUUGGCAAGGCUGUGCUUGGCAUGGCAGCAGAGGCAGAGAGGAUUGUGGGAGAUCACCUGGUGAAAGGGGUGAUUAGUGUACCGCACGGCAUUCAGGAGACCCUGAAACAGCAUGGAAAAGAACAGAUGCUGCUCCCGAAUGGGAGCCAAAUCACAGUGAUGGAGGGGGCCAAGCACAACCUGCCAGACACAGACGCCCAGCGAGCUGCUGAGAGCAUCAGGCAGCUGGCCAGUGCCCUGACAGACAGUGACCUUUUGCUGGUGCUCAUAUCAGGUGGCGGGUCGGCUCUCCUACCAGCUCCUGUGCCCCCCAUCUCUGUGCAAGAGAAACAGGAUGUGACCCGGCGGCUGGCUGCUGCUGGAGCUACUAUCCAGGAGCUGAACACAGUGAGGCGGUCCCUCUCCCUGCUCAAGGGGGGAGGCCUUGCUGCCUGUGCUCGGCCUGCACAGGUGGUAGCUUUGAUUUUGUCUGAUGUAAUCGGUGACCCUCUGGACCUAAUUGCCAGUGGCCCCACGGUCCAGUGCGAGACAUGGCCUGAGCAGGUUUGGGCUAUACUAGAGCACUACGGCCUCUCCUCCUCACUCCCCGCUUCUGUGACGGAGGUGCUGAAGCAGGCUGGCUGUCAGGCAGACAGGCUAAGUGCCACAGGCUCUGCUGAGGAGUCGCACGUGCUGAAUGCAGUCAUCGGCUCCAACGGCAUUGCGCUGGAGCGUGCCGGUCGACGUGCCCGGGAGCUGGGCCUCCGGCCACUUGUGCUCUCGCCUGGAGUGUGCGGGGACGUGCGGUCCGUCGCUCGCCUUUACGGCCUGCUGGCGCGCUUCGCUUGCGCCGCAGCCGUUCCCGGCCAGCCUGACCCGUUGCCCGCGCUUGCUGACCAGGUGCUCCAGCUGGGCCCAGAGGUGGGUGUUGAGAGCUGGGACCUCAUGCGCACGCUCAAGGUCCUGGAGGAAGGUCGGGACGAGAGCUGGGGUGCCACCUGCCUAUUGGCCGGAGGAGAGCCCACCGUGCAGCUGACAGGGAAGGGUCGGGGCGGGCGGAACCAGGAGCUAGCCCUGCGUGUCGGGCUGGAGCUGGGAGAAGGGCUGGGCGCUAAUGGAGACCAAGGGCCAGUGUUUCUCAGCGGGGGUACCGAUGGGCAGGAUGGACCCACUGAGGCAGCAGGUGCCGUCACUGACGGCGGAUUGGCAGCAGAGGCACACGGACAGGGCCUGCAGACGGACAACUUCCUGGCCAACAACGACUCCUUUACCUUCUUCUCUCGCUUGUCACAGGGCAAGCGAUUGCUCAUGCCAGGUCUGACGGGCACCAAUGUGAUGGAUGUCCACGUGAUGCUGCUGCCCCCACCACCCACAAACUGAAAAGCACACUGACACACACACUCACACAAAAGCACACUGACACACACACACACGGAGCACUCGGAGGACUGAAAAGACUAGGUUUGACUAGUCCAUGAUCGUGUCGUGUCAACUGCACUGACUCUAUUGGCACUCUUAUGCGGCUAUGUAAUAAUCCAUCGGUUAGUACACUGAAAUUAAAAUUAAACAUCUUGAGACUCAAAUACUUGAGAAAGUAUUUUAAUUAAUUCUGAAAAUCAAACCACAUAAUUGUUCCUUAAUAUUUGUAUGCCUUCUGAUCUACUGGCACUUGCUUGUUUACAUGGGAGCUCCUUGGAUAUUGGCUGCUAAUGUGCUUCAUCAGUUAAUGAUUAAAAUUACACACUUA